CCCGGCCAUCUAGCAGUUUGAAAUGUCAUUUAAGACUUUGGUAUCGUUAAAGAGUGCAGGGGCCGGCGGAGAGGAAAGCUAGAGGUGCGGGUGGGGAACAUGUCGGAAUCGGAGCUCUGCAGGAAGUGGGACCGGUGCCUGGCAGAUGCGGCGGUGAAGAUAGGUACUGGUUGUGGAUUAGGAAUUGUUUUCUCACUUACCUUCUUUAAAAGAAGAAUGUGGCCAUUAGCCUUCAGUUCUGGAACGGGAUUAGGAAUGGCUUACUCCAACUGUCAGCAUGAUUUCCAAGCUCCGUAUCUUCUACAUGGAAAAUAUGUCAAAGAGCAGCAGCAGUGACUUCACCUGAGAACGUCCCAGUGGGAAGACGAGAGAAAUCAUGUUUAUUCCUCAGGAAUAACUGAGGAUUCCUGAGGAUUCCUCAGGAACACUGAAGUGUCCUGGAGUAAGCUGCCAUUCUUCCGUAACAAUGUUAUCAGUAAUGCUUUAAACUCCAGCACCUGGUUAUGUAUUUGAAACCAAGUCUGUUUCUUGUUUUGUAUUUUUUCUCUGGAAAUGGUAGGGAGGUGGUCUUAAAUAAAUUAAACAAAAAUAGGAAAAAA